UCUUCUGAUCUUUGAAAUUCGCAUCGUGAUUUUCAAAGCAAUAUUAGACAUACGAAAGUAGAACAUUGUAGAUUUAUUAGUACUACCAUAGACAUUGAUCGUUAAAAUAGUCUGCAUAUUGUGUUGAAGAAAAACAAUGAAACUAGAAUUACAAUCUUGAGAAGUUUCAUGAUACCUAUAAGUCAUACUGAUGAACCUAUUUUUUUACACUUCUUAUCGGACCGUGACACAGGAUCCUUAUGCUGUGAUAAUACCAUAAACAGAUCAAGUGAGGUGAAACGCACAUUAUUAGUAGUAGUUCGGUCGUUGUCCACGCAUCAUGUGUAUUACGUUCAUUUAUCGAAACCCCAAAGCCGAUGGAAAUGCGUAUAGGAUAAUUUUGGCCUUUAAUCGAGAUGAAGCUUUGAAUCGACCAACUGCAUCUGCUCACUGGUGGAAAAAUUAUCCUGAAUGCUUGGGAGGGAUAGACUUGGAAUCUGGAAAGGAAGGGGGCACCUGGUUGGCAUUUUGCAGAGGUGGACGAUGCGGGGCACUUUUGAAUUUAACAGGCGAAAAGAGGUCGUCCAAAACUCCGGGAAAAGGCCGUGGUCAUCUCGUUUCUGAUUACAUCAUUUCCAACGUAUCCGCCGAUGAAUACCUCACAAAACUGCAUGAGGAAAAUCACAUUGAACAAGCAUAUAAUCCCUACAAUUUAAUACUUAUAAAUUUAUGGAAUGCGGACGUGUCGGUACUCUGCAGCGCGCAAGAUUCUUCAGGACUACAAAAGUGUUCGGAUGAUAUUUUAGGACUUGGUAACAGUGCAAUCGACCAACCUUUCACCAAAGUCCGUAAUGGAAAGAAAAAAUUUAGAAAUAUCAUCCGAGGUAUGACUACGGGAGAGCAGGAUAAGAUGAUUGAAAAUCUCUUGGAAUUCUUGACCUGGGAUGAAAAACAUUUGCCAGACCCCGAACUACAACGAAGAGCCCCAAACUGGUACGAAGACUUGAGUUCUAUCUUCGUUCGCGUUCCAAAUGUGGAAUAUGGAACCAGAACACAUUCAAUAUUAUUAGUCGAUGGAUUAAAUAACGUAACAUUUGUUGAGAAGACAUUAACACUCAAUAAUUCCUGGACGUGUCAGACUUUUAAAACCAAAUUACAGACAGUUGCAUAAAAUUAUUUUUACCAUACCAUUUUUUGUCACUAUUAAAAUGAGUAAUCUCUGAUAAAAAUGCUCACCCUUCGAAAAAGGAUCACUUCUUAGAAUAGUAGUACGUGAAACGAUCUGGAAAACGAAAAUUGUAUUACUCCAAAAUAAGAAAAAAAAAAUUUAAUGUUUA